AUGUCUUCAUCACGUGAAGAGAAUGUGUACAUGGCGAAACUAGCCGAACAAGCGGAGCGUUACGAAGAGAUGGUUGAGUUCAUGGAGAAAGUUGCUAAAACCGUUGACUCUGAAGAACUCACUGUCGAAGAGAGGAACCUUCUCUCCGUUGCUUACAAGAACGUGAUCGGAGCGAGGAGAGCUUCGUGGAGGAUCAUCUCUUCCAUUGAGCAGAAGGAAGAGAGCAAAGGGAACCAAGAACACGUUGCUCUCAUCAAGGACUACAGGGGGAAGAUUGAAACCGAGCUUAGCAAAAUCUGCGACGGGAUCUUGAAUGUUCUUGAAGCUCAUCUCAUCCCCUCUGCCUCACCUGCUGAGUCUAAGGUGUUUUAUCUGAAGAUGAAGGGAGAUUAUCAUAGGUAUCUUGCUGAGUUUAAGGCUGGUGACGAGAGGAAAGAUGCUGCUGAGAGCACUUUGGUUGCUUACAAGUCUGCUCAGGACAUUGCCACAGCUGAGUUAGCUCCAACUCACCCAAUCAGGCUUGGUCUUGCACUCAACUUCUCUGUGUUUUACUAUGAGAUCCUUAACUCGCCUGACCGUGCCUGCACCCUCGCUAAGCAGGCAUUUGAUGAAGCUAUCGCUGAGUUGGAUACAUUGGGAGAGGAAUCAUACAAAGACAGUACGCUGAUUAUGCAGCUUCUCAGAGACAACCUCACUCUCUGGACUUCAGACAUGACUGACGAAGCAGGAGAUGAGAUCAAGGAGGCAUCGAAGCCAGAAGGCGGCGCAGCAGAGUAAAAGCUGUGAAGAAGAGGAAGUCGUUUUAUAAUGGGUAGAAACUUCCUUAUGUGAUAAUCUGAGUGAAGGAUUAAGCUCAGGAUUCUUAUCAGAUACUCUUUUUAUUUGAGUUUGUUUCUUUUGUUUGUUUGGGAAACAAUUUGAAAACUGUUUUUGAAUUUGCCAUUGAUUUCUAGAAAUUUCCACAAAUGAUCCUCUAGUAAUUUAGUGUGACAAUA